GGUUCAUUGAAACAAAAAACGGAAAAAUCAAACUGAGGAGAGAGGCUUGAACUGGGGGAGAGAGGUUCCUCGAAAUCGCGCGAAAUCGAUUUCGAUGUGAACCAGAGAGCCUUUCGAAGUUGCUUUUCCACCCGGAGAAAUCCUUGCUGCAUUUUUUCUGCUUUUCUUCGAAAAUUUUGUAAAAGAAGAUCUCAAAAAGCAUCCUUGAAUUCCAAAACCCAAAGAAAAAGAAGAAUUCUCACCGGAAUAUCCACCUAUUCUGAUCGGUUCCGGCGACGGAGAAUAGAUUCGAAGCAGAGGUUCCAUAUAUUCCUUCGAAGCUUGCGAUUUGGGUUCCUCCGGGGUCCCUCGUCCUUGCAGAUUCGAAGCUGUGUUUGGUUGGGCAUUUGCUCUAAGUGGAACCCCACCAGACGUGGACAACUUAUGUAUUUAUUUAUUAUAACUGUUCGACUUCUUUCCGUGUUCAAUCCGCGUCCGAGCAGCGAAGGUGGAAGAGCGAGAAGAAGAAGGAUCGAUAGAGUUAAACAGAAGACGUUGCAGAUAUUCUCUUUUAGCUUGUCGAGUCUGCUGGCGUUGAUGGUCUUCCUCGGCCCCAUCUUGUAUUGCUUGCUGUAGUUUUCUGGUUAGAAACUGCUUGUCGAGGUCAGUUACUGCGCCGGAUCGGAGCUAGUUCGGUUACAUAAGGAUUUGAAUUUCAUUUUCCAUUUGGUUUGAUUCGUUGGAACUGGUUGGGUUGGAAGAGCGGCCAUUUGCCAGACUUCUUGUGUGACCGACAGGGAUCUGAGGGUUUUGGGUUCUCAGAAUUUUGAAUUUGUGGAAUUAGAUCCUGCGGAGAAGGAGAUGUUGUAACUUUGGGUUUCGAAUUUGCUAUUGGAUCAUGUCGACCUUAACCGACAGGUUAUGAAGUAAUGGCAUUGGUUUCCAGAUUAAAAAAUGACACUUUACAUUGCUCGCGAGGCCUCAAAGUUAUGGCGGAGGAUUUGCAUGGAAACGAAGGUAGAACUCAGUCUCCUUGCCGAGAAAUGGAAGCUUCUUCUUGCCGGAGUAUUUUUCCAGUAUCUCCACGGUUUAGCUGCUCGAGGAGUUCAUUAUUUUCAUCGACCAGGUCCAACACUCCAGGAUGUUGGGUUUUUUCUUUUUCCGGAGCUUGGACAAGAUAAAUCUUACAUCAGUGAGGCUGUGUUCACCUUUGUUUUUUUAAACUUUCUCUUGUGGACUUUUCAUCCUUUUAUUUUUCAGAGCAAAAGAUUCCACACAGUUCUGCUGUGGUGCAGAGUCCUAGCAUUUCUUGUUGCUUCUCAACUUCUCCGGAUCAUUACUUUUUAUUCUACUCAGCUUCCUGGUCCAAAUUAUCACUGCCGUGAGGGCUCAAAGCUUGCCAGGCUGCCCCGUCCAGAUAACGCACUAGAGGUGCUUUUAAUUAAUUUUCCUCGGGGUGUACUCUAUGGUUGUGGUGAUCUGAUUUUUUCGUCUCACAUGAUCUUUACGCUAGUUUUCGUUCGAACAUAUCAGAAAUAUGGCACACAAAGGAGCACUAAACAACUUGCGUGGUUGAUUGCUGUUAUCCAGAGCCUUUUGAUCAUAGCAUCCCGCAAGCAUUACACAGUUGAUAUCAUCGUUGCAUGGUAUACAGUAAAUCUGGUGGUAUUCUUUGUGGAUCAGAAAUUGCCAGAACUCCCCGAUAGGACCAAUGCAUCCUCAUCAUCACCCUUGCUUCCAUUGAGUACUAAAGACAAGGAAAGCAAAACUAAAGAGGAGAACCACAAGCUCCUGAAUGGGAACUCUGGGGACGCUACAGAUUGGAGACAAAGAACACAGGUCAAUGGCAAGAUUCUAGAAGAUGGAAAUGCAGUCCGUGCAGAUUCGGCAAUGAACGCUAAUUAGUGGUUCGCUGGGCUGAGUAGAAUGCUGUUACCAGGACUAUGUUCAAAACCAUGGAACCUCGAACUUCUGUAGACUGGUUAGUCAUGUGGGCAAUGUGCUAAACUUUGAUACGCAUUCUAGCGGGUGUGGAAGUUUUGAGUUUUUGUUAAAAAUGUUCAGCUUAUGCUUCCUCAAACUCCCGGUUAUUCCUAUCAGUAAUCACCAUGUAUGCUGUUAGUUUUAGUUUAGUUUUUUUUUUUUUUUUUUUUUUUUUUUUUACAGAUACUUUUUCUUUUCAAAAAAGGGCUUUCCUUGUACACAAGACUCCUGCCACACUGCGGGGUCUUGGAGUCAAUAAUGUACACUAGCCUUAAUCCCGCUUUACAAAGAGGUUGUGUCCUGACUUGAACAUGUGAUCACUAAAUUGCAAUGGAGCAACCGCCCUCUUUGAUACA